AUGCCUGGCGCAAGGAAUAUGCCUCCGCGCCUGUCGCAGCGCCGCGGCGCGCAAGAAGAUGAGCCGCCUAUGCGAACCCGUUCCGGUCGUGGAGGCAAGUCAGCAUCUGCUGGAAAACCAGAGAAAUUCGACUCCAUCACCCCCAAGACGAGUCCCGUACAAAGCAGCGCCACUCCAUCCAUCACGCGAAAGGCUACUCGCUCUUAUUCCAAUAUUUCCGCCUUCGAUGUGGGCGGAUCAGGUGUUUUCGCUACUUACCAUUCCCGGGUUCUCAGUGUCCAUGGGUUGUCUCCCGACUUCUUGCAAGAUCUCUUUGAGAAAGAUCGCCGCGCCUUGCGAAGGGAUCGAAUGAUGAGAGGCAACUUCACUCAAUCCGAUCUUGAUGAUGAGACGAGCGAAGACAGCAUUGAGGAAGACCCGACGCCGCCACGUGCCACUGGGCCCCGGGGUGGGCGAGGCGGUCGCGGAAGCCGUGGAGGACGCGGUCGAGGCAGGGGAAGAGGACGCGGACGAGGACGAGGAGGUAGCACUCUCACAAGAAGCGUCUCUCCAUUGCGAACGCGACACUCUCGCAAUGCGGCUCCUGUGUUUCCUCUUACAGAAGAAGAGGAGGAUGCAGCCAAUCAGGAGUCCACGGACGAAAAUGCCAAGAAUUCUCCACACUAUGAUGAGGAUGUUGAAAUGGAAGACGCCCCAGAGGAUGAAAGUUUCGCCGUCCAGGAGGCAACCAAACAUGAUCUUAUCGAAGAGGACACUCCAAUGGGCUCGCCGACAACAGCAGCGACCUCGACCAUCAUGGCUGAAAAGUCAACUAAUGCACUUUCGGCUAGAGACUCACAGCCUGCUUCGAAGCAGUCUGCUUCACAGAGCCGUCAAAAUGAGACAUCGAACUCUUCAAAUGCCCCCACACCUCCAAUGUUGAGUGCAGAGGAUGAUGCAUUGUCCGACUCUGAUCUCCCCGAUCCUUGGAUUGACGAUCAUGUACCACCAAGGGAGGCAACGGAGUCUGAGGAUAUGGCAGACUACCUGCUGAAAAUACGAUAUAAGCCAGUGACUGAUGCCCAAGAUAUUCUCGCCAUUUUGACGAAAUUUCCUUUGGCUCAGCGCAGCACCGAAAGCCUCUAUGCCUUGGCAGAAAACACGCAGAUGAUUCUCCAAGCAUGGCAGGAUGAAUAUCUCAUGCUGGAUGCUAAAACUGCUCCACAUGCUCACCCACCCAAGAAGCCAGCCAAUGGUGGUCGCAUACCCCUUGCACCAGGCGUCUUUGAAGAUAUGAAAGAGGCGGAUCUGUACAGCUAUGUUUACGAUCCAAAGAAAGGAGAAGGUCGCCAGGACAUGUUUGCUCAAAGAAUUGGCGCGGAGAAGUCUGGUGGACGUGAGCUCCGUCAGCGACGCGCUCGAGAUCUGUUGGACUCUGCUGCCCCAAGCGAAGAAGAGGAUGAUGACGACAACGAAGGUCGAGGUCUUGGUCGACGCCAACGACGUGCCACCCGUAAAUUUGAGAGUGGUGAUCAAACGACGGGCCAAGUCACUCCACAGAAAAAGAACAACAAUGGUUGGGGCGGUGCGCGCAAAAGAGGGGUGAGCAAAUAUGCUCAGGAUAACUCCGAGACGCCUGAGCCAGACGGCCGCGUAAAGCGUCAGCGUGUCGGUGGGGGCUCUCUUUUACAUCUACGCAUCCAAGAGAUGCGAGAAGAAUCCGCAGUUACAAGCUCCGGCGAUGAAGGAGGCUCUUCGGUAACAUCGCAAAUUGUGGAGGAGCCACAAGAUGUCAAUAAGAAGCGUGGACGGCCAGCUGGUAGCAAGAACGUCAGUAGGCGGAGUGACUAUGGGAUCAAGAAAGGGCCACGGAAGAAGACUACCGAAGCAUUUUCUACACCUACACCACUCCCUCCUGCAAGCGCUCCUCCGCCGCAAUUGCAGUCGAUGAGCGAAGGGCAAAAUCAAUUUUCUCUUGAACCACAGCCCGUCAUCGCACCACCACCAAUCAUAGAAGCAGCACCCAAAAUUAUUCCCCAGCAACCUGUUGCAACAGUCUUCCAAGCUACUCCGCAACCCCACGGCGUCGAGUCCAUUGCAAUUGCAAAUAUACCAAGCGAGCAGUCUACCCCAGACACAUUCAUGAAUACGACACCUCUCAGCCAGUAUGGUAAUGCGCAAGUCGAAGACCAUAACGCAGCUGGAUCUGCCGCAAAGAGAAAGCCGAAGGUCAAAAGUGAGAAACGCAGUCAGUCUAUGACUAUAUGGUGGGCUGAAAGGAAGGCCAAGCAGAAGAAAGAAGAAGAGAGAUCCGGGAAAUCCACUCCAAGCAGGGCGGAAACCCCGAAGGGCAGUAAUCGGCGAGGCGGUAAGGGGCUCUCAGGAUCGCGCCCCGAACCACAGCCCCUUCACCUCCAACCUCAACCUCAUCAUCACCAACAGUCUCCUGUCCAACUCCAGCCUCAGUUGCAUCAUCCACACACCAUGCAGGCCGAGCCCCCUCAACAUCAACCUUACGGGUCAUCGCGGCCAUCGUAUCAUCACCUUCCGGGCUACUCAACCAUUGCAAUGACUGCUCCAUCGCCUGUUCAAAUGUAUGGCAGUGCACCGCCAACAGGUCCUGCACCGCCAGCUCCACCGCCUCCUACCAUGCCAUCAUAUAUCCAUUCCAACGUGCUCAGUGCACUUCCAACUUACGGUUCAGGUCCUCUUGGUCCUCGGCACUCGAUGCCUGCCCUCGCUCCCGCGCCUAUGGCUCCAAAACCGAUGACAUAUCCCAGCCCAUAUGGCCCACGAACAGCACCACGACCCAAAAACACCGCUCCGCCUACAUUGGCUCCGGCACCCGCACACGUCAGCCCAUAUCCCCCACCUCAUUCCGGUCCUGGGCCGACUGCCCAACGAGAAGUAGUCGAAAUGCCGUUCAAAGUCCUGGUUCCUGGGCCACCUCCACCCCCGUCGGCAACCGACAACGAGCGGCGCUGA